GAAGGCUGCUUCCUACAUCCAGGACAUGGAGCUGAGGGAGGAAUGGCAGGAUGAGGAGUUCCCCAGACCUCUUCCUGAAGAUUCCCAUAGUCCUGAGACCCAAGGAGAAAAUGCAGAGAGACCAGCUCCACCCACCAGCCUGGCCCUGUCAGAAAACCCCAUAAGGAAGAAGCGUCUGGUGGCGCCCACCCUCAGCCUGACCCUGUCCCGUACCGACUCAGCGGACCGCAGUGUGAAGUCAGGGGACACCGGGUACUCUGCCGCCGCCCUCUCACCCGACGAAGAUGACACGGAGCUGGACAUCAACCUGGAGGCCCUGGAGACGCCCUCGGACAGCGAGUCCUGCAACUUCCCUGACAGCAUGCACGAACUGGAGUGGGAGGGUGAGAGAGGAGACAAGAACUGGAGUGGGAGGGUGAGAGGGGAGACAAGAACUGGAGUGGGAGGGUGAGAGGGGAGACAAGAA